AUGGCAACAGUAUCAACACAACUACGAUUCUCACCAUCCCCAUCAUCACCACUACCCCCACCACCACCAUCGUCAUCAUCGUCAUCAACACAACUACGGUCCUCAUCAUCAUCCUCCUCAUCCUCAUCUGAAAAGAGAGCCACCGACGCCAACAAGCUGACGCGACAGCAUCCACAAACUUUCCGUCCCAUUCUCACUUGCGGCAAAAACACAAACAACGUUCACGUAAAUUUAGAUUUAUACGGCCAAGAAAUUGCACAUGGCAUGAGAUGUGAAGCUUGCAUAACUGAAGUUCUCAUUCAGACUGAAUUGGAUGUGAUUGUUUUUAACAUGUGA